UGGCGCUGGGUCUCUCUGGCGGGCGGAAGUGCGGAGCGCAGGGCGGAAGCGGCGGCUCAGGCGGAAGCGGCGGCUCAGAAGCAAGAUGCUCUGGUUUCAAGGAAAUAGCAUACAAUUUGCCAAGUACUCCUUUAGACUCUUCCUGAGAAAUCUCUCUGCCUCUAAGACUAUUCUGCCUGUGCUGACCUUAUUCACAAAGGAUCCAUGUCCCCUUUGUGAUGAAGCUAAGGAAGUGCUGGAGCCUUAUAAAAACAGGUUUAUUUUACAGGAGGUGGACAUCACACUUCCAGAAAACUCUGUUUGGUAUGAGAGGUAUAAAUUUGACAUCCCCGUCUUUCAUUUGAAUGGCGAGUUUCUGAUGAUGCAUCGAGUAAACAUCUCAAAACUUGAAAAACAGCUCCAGAAACUUGAGCAGCAAGGUACUGGAGGCUGAUGAAAGCCCUCGUGAUUUUCCAUCCUCGCUGUCCAGAAGGCAUCUUCCCAAGGAAAUGACCACGGCCUUGUAUUCCUUUUGUCACCUGUCACACAGCCCUAAUAAGGUCUGAACUUAGUGGUACCAAAUAAAUGUUGACAUUUCUCUUCUGAUUGAUGGAAGUACCAAUUUGAAAACUGUUUACCUUUGGCAUUUUAUGAAAUAAGAGGAGUGUGUUGGCAGGGAGGGUGGGAGAAAUCCAUUUGUUUUAUUUCUUUUUCUCUUUUGUUAUUUGUAUUAAUAUGGAAACAUUUCACAUUCAUUGGACAGGGCCAUUUAUAGGAAGAAGGCUCUAUAUCCCUGCUGCUGCCCCGAGGGCUUAACUUUUUAAUGGAGGAAUAAAUGCUCUUCCUCUCAGUAGAUAAAGUGAAAUGUGAAUUGUUAAUAACUGUGCACAGUCAAUAAAGGGAUGUUUUAACAAAUA